GCAGCACAUACACUGUGGGCAGCACUCUCCACUAUCCAAGCCUUGACAUUGCGAAGAUGGAGGCUGUUAUGGUCUAGAGCAGGAUAACGAAAAGCUAUUCGCAAGUUUCCAAGCUCUGUUAUGACAACAUUUCCAACGUGUCCAGGUGGAGGCAGGAGGUGUGAGUAGAGUACACCUGACAUCAGCAGCAUGUACUCGGAGUGGCGCUCCCUUCAGCUGGUGGUGCAAAGUGACCAGAGCAACCUCAGCGUUCUGCACACCUACCCGCCCACUGUGGGCACAGAGGUGGCCAAUGCUGUGGUCAAGCCUCUGGGCACGGCUGUAAGCCCUGUAGCCACUGACAACAUCCUCAAGACUGACAAGGAGGUGAAAUGGACCAUGGAGGUACUCUGUUACGGCCUCACCCUGCCCUUAGAGGGCGAAACAGUCAAACUGUGCGUGGACGUGUACACAGACUGGAUGAUGGCCCUGGUCUCUCCCAGAGACUCCAUGCCUCAGCCUGUGAUCAAAGAGCCCAAUAUGUACGUCCAGCUCAUUCUCAAACAUCUCUACAAUGUCUUUGUACCAAGACCUGAGCAGCACAGCCUAAACCACAUCAGACUGUGCCAGCAGGUCCUAACUGCAGUCCAAAAACUGGCCCGCGAGUCUGUUUCCAUGGUGAGGGAAACAUGGGAGGUGCUGCUUCUCUUUCUGCUGCGCAUCAAUGACACAUUACUUGCACCACCCACUAUUGGAGUUGGCGUGGCUGAAAAACUGGCAGAAAAACUCAUGGCAGUGCUGUUUGAGGUGUGGCUGUUGGCAUGUGCCCGCUGCUUCCCCACACCGCCAUAUUGGAAGACGGCAAGAGAGAUGCUCGCCAACUGGAGACAUCACCCUCCUGUGGUAGAGCAGUGGAGCAGGGUGGCCUCUGCUCUUACCUCCAGACUUUUGAGGUUCACACACGGACCAACAUUCCCACCGUUCAAAGUCCCGGAUGAGGAUGCUAACCUGAUUCCAUUAGAGAUGGACGAUGACUGUGUGGCCCAAACAUGGUACCGCUUCCUUCACAUGCUCAGCAACCCAGUGGAUUUAAGUAACCCAGCCAUUGUGAGCACUACUCCAAAGUUUCAAGAACAGUUCCUGAACUCCAGUGGGAUUCCUCAUGAAGUAGUACUACAUCCAUGUCUAAAACAGCUCCCUCAGAUCUUCUUCAGGGCUAUGAGGGGUGUCAGCUGCUUAGUGGAUGCAUUCUUGGGUGUCUCUGUUGCAAAGAAAGUCGUACGGGAGAGGGUGUUCACUUUCUCUCCAUGGCUGCACUCCCAUGGUAUAUCACGACCCAGGGCUGACAGUGCCCCGCCCACCCCAGUCAACAGAAUGAGCAUGUCUCCGCCCCCUUCCAUUACCAACACCACUCCCCCUCACAGUCGCAAGCAACGUCAUGCAGUGGUCACCAAAACGACAAGCAAGAGCUCAACUGCAAGUGGGGCUCAACCAACCAAAGCGUCCCAACAACAGCAGCAACAGCAGCAGCCAUCCUCCUCGCCCACACUACUGUCCAGUCCAAACCAGACCAGCUGGGAGUCCCGGCCUCUACCUGCCCCAGCCCGACCAAAAGUCAACAGCAUCCUCAACCUGUUUGGACAGUGGCUGUUCGACGCUGCUCUGGUGCACUGUAAGCUCCACAGUGGGCUGAGCAGAGACCCCAGUAUGACCGCAAUAGCCACACAAGUAGGUCUGGAACUGAGGAGGAAGGGCUCUCAAAUGUCCACUGAAUCCAUGGUGUCCAACCCACUGUUUGAUGCCAAUGAGUUCCCAGAGAGCUACGAGGCUGGCCGCGCUGAAGCCUGUGGGACCCUCUGCCGUAUUUUCUGUAGCAAGAAAACUGGAGAAGACAUUUUACCGGUGUAUCUCUCCAGAUUCUAUAUGGUUCUUAUUCAAGGACUCCAGAUCUCUGACUUCAUCUGUAGACCAGUACUAGCCUCAAUUAUUCUGAACUCCUCCUCCCUCUUCUGCUCUGACCUGAAGGGCAUAAAUGUGGUUGUGCCCUACUUCAUAGCUGCUCUUGAAACUAUUGUGCCAGACAGGGAGCUAUCCAAGUUUAAGAUGUAUGUAAAUCCUACUGAUCUGAGGAGAGCCUCCAUUAAUAUCCUACUUGCCAUGUUGCCGUUACCACACCACUUUGGGAACAUAAAAUCAGAGGUUCUACUGGAGGGAAAGUUCAAUGAGGAGGAUGUGUGGCCUCAUGACCAGCCAGUGUCUUUUCUAUCCUUACGGCUCCGUCUAGUCAACGUCCUCAUAGGGGCCCUGCAGACAGAGACUGACCCCACCAACACACAGCUCAUCCUGGGUGCAAUGCUGAAUAUUGUCCAGGACUCAGCUUUACUGGAGUCUAUUGGUGCACAGACUGAAACAGGGAGCAUAGAUGGCAGCCAUGCGACUGUAAGAAGCCAGAGCCACAGCCGCACCAACAGUGGCAUCAGUUAUAACAGUGGUGGCAGCACUGAGGCAACCAGCCCCGACACUGAGCGGCCAGCACAAGCUUUACUCCGUGACUAUGCUCUUGCAGAUACGGCAGCAGGCCUGCUGGUACGCAGUAUCCACCUCGUCACCCAGAGACUAAACUCUCAGUGGAAGCAAGACAUGAGCAUUUCACUCGCAGCUCUGGAACUGCUGGCCGGGCUCGCCAAGGUGAAGGUGGGAGUUGACUCUGCAGACCGGAAACGAGCCAUCAGCUCCAUAUGCACAUAUAUUGUCUAUCAAUGUAGCCGUCCUGCUCCUCUUCAGUCCAGAGACCUUCACUCCAUGAUUGUCGCUGCCUUCCAGUUCCUGUGUGUGUGGCUCACAGAACAUCCGGACAUGUUGGAUGAGAAGGACUGUUUGAUGGAAGUGUUGGAUAUUGUGGAGCUUGGCAUCUCUGGCAGCAAAUCCCGACAGGAAAAUGAAGUUAGACAUAAAGGGGAUAAGGAACACAACCCAGCCUCAAUGAGAGUGAAAGAUGCUGCUGAAGCCACAUUAUCCUGUAUCAUGCAGGUGUUGGGGGCCUUCCCCUCUCCCAGUGGGCCUGCCUCCACCUGCAGCCUGUUAAAUGAAGAAACUCUCAUUCGUUAUGCCAGACUAAGUGCCACUGGAGCCAGCAACUUCCGCUACUUUGUCCUGGACAACUCUGUGAUCCUGGCCACGCUGGAGCAACCUCUUGGGAAUGAGCAGAAUCCUAGCCCUUCAGUGACUGUGUUGAUUCGAGGCACUGCUGGUCGACAUGCCUGGACCAUGCAGCUUUUCCAUCAGCCUAGAGGGGCACGGGCCAAUCAGAGGCAGGCGUUUGUUCCAGAGGGUCGUCCAACCCCCAACAAUGAUGUGGGCAUUAAGUACAAUGUCAAACAGAGGCCAUUUCCUGAAGAGGUGGAUAAGAUCCCUCUGGUCAAAGCUGAUGUCAGUAUUCCUGAUUUGGAUGAUAUCGUCAGUAAAGAGGUGUGUUGUUUGGGCUGGCAAGAUGAUACAAAAUAUCUGCUGAACAGUUGCCCACACCUUGAGGUUCAGCUCGAUAAACUGCGUAUCGUGAUGACCAAGCAGAUAGAAUAUGAACAUGCCUUGGAGCGCCACAGCGAGGACGUGUGGAAGUGCAAGCCUUUCCCAGACCCUCAGACGGACUGCAAACCCCCUCCGCCUGCGCAGGAGUUCCAGACGGCACGCCUCUUUCUCUCCCAUUUCGGCUUUCUGUCUCUGGAAGCGCUGAAGGAGCCAAACAACAGUCGUCUACCUCCUCACCUGAUUGGCCUGGACUCCUCAUUAUCAGGGUUUUUCGAGGACAUCAGUUACCUGGACCUGCUGCCGUGUCGACCUUUUGACACUGUGUUUAUUUUUUAUGUGAGAGCUGGACAGAAAAGCAGCCAUGAGAUUCUUAAAAAUGUGGAAUCAUCUGCAAGUGUCCAGCCCCACUUUUUGGAGUUCUUACUGUCCUUGGGCUGGCCUGUGGACGUAGGACACCAUCCGGGGUGGACUGGACAUUUGGACACUAGCUGGUCUCUCAACUCGUGUUUAGAUGGCAAUGAUGUGCAGCCAACAGAAGACUCCACCCCCCCUGAAGACACUGGAGGUUCAGUGUUCAAUGGAGAGAAAAAAGUUCUCUACUAUGCUGAUGCUCUGACAGAAAUCGCCUUUGUGGUCCCAUCUUUUAAUGAACAUUCUGAGGAGUCAUCUGUACACAGUGACUCCACAGUGGAAGCAGACACUAACUCCGAUAUAAUGCAUGGUUUACCGAAGCAACCCAAUCUCACACUGGAGCUCUUCCCUAACCAUUCAGAAAACCUUGAAUCUGUUAAAAAGCUAAGCCCUCUGGUCAAAACAAAAAGGUCAUCAACUGGAAAAUCAUUCCCAGCUUUGGGACCUGAAACAAAGGUUUUUGUGGUGUGGGUGGAACGCUUUGAUGACAUUGAAAACUUCCCGCUGACUGAUCUUUUGGCGGAAACCAGUACGGGUUUGGAGGCCAGCAUGAGCAACAGCACUUCCUGCAGGUCAGGUUUAUUAGAGAAGGACGUUCCGCUGAUUUUCAUCCACCCCCUCAAGACUGGGCUCUUCAGGAUCAGGCUGCACGGGGCUGUGGGCAAAUUUGGCAUGGUCAUUCCCCUGGUAGACGGCAUGGUGGUCAGUCGUCGCGCUUUAGGUUUUCUUGUUCGUCAGACAGUCAUUAACGUGUGUCGGCGGAAGCGCUUGGAAAGUGACUUGUACAACCCUCCUCAUGUGAGACGUAAGCAGAAGAUUACAGAGAUUGUCCAGCGUUACCGCAACAAGCAGCUAGAGCCCGAGUUCUACACCUCACUGUUCUAUGAGGUUGGAGAUGGACGGCCUCAUCUAUAACUCCACCCGCCUGCCCUGUCUUGACACUGGCAAACAAACGCACACAACACACAUCUUCCCACACAUCAUUUUCCAAACGCACAUCCCAUCUCACACACAAGAAUCUUUAUAUUUAUAUUGUACUAUUUUGUUAUUUAUAUGAAUACAUAUAUCAACACUGUCUGCCUUUGACUACGAAAGCAAAAUGUCAAAAAUGCCAAGGUGGAGAAAAGCUACAUUUGUAUGUUGCAGCCGAGGAUUGAAGAUUUGAAUGGCUGAACUAUAACAUUGACAUUGUGCUUAUUAGAUUUUUGCUCUAAAAGAGUUUGGCUUGUCUUCAACUGCAAUAGUUCCAUUGUUGGCCUUCGGAACAGUUUGCCCUUGUAAUUCAAGUUUUAGUAACGUCCAAAUCUAGAUCUAGUAAAGUGAGUCUAUGGUUAAAUACAUUGUCAAAUGCGUGGGCUUUUUCAAAUUUACCAACAAGUACCGGACAGUUUAAUGCUAUUACGGAACAUUUCAGUCUCCAGCUAAAGUCUUCCUAGUAUGAACACAUUAGGCCAUAGUCGCAGCACUGAGCAACUAAUAGAAUUGCUGCUUUAUAUUUGUGUUCUUUUAUUAUUGUAUUGUCAGUAUGGCUCCAACACUGUUUCUGUGCCUGUCUGAGUGUCACCAUCUCGUCCCAUCUACACCACAGUACCAUAGAUUAUGAAAGUAAAUGUGGUAAAAGUACCACAACAGUGUAGGAUUCUGCCUGCAUUUCACACUACAUGUUGCAAUGAGAUGCUGUGACUCAUGGCUCGUGUUUAGCAUUUACAAUUCUUUUUUUUUUAUAUAAUUUAUUUGCUAUGAAGAUAUUUUGCAUAUAGUAACAGCUGGUUCAGUAAAAAAAGUUUCUGAAAAUAUCUAAAUAAAUUCAUAGCACAUUAUAACUAAAACACUCAACCAAUACAAACUGCAUCAUACUAAACUAAAGGGUUGUAUUUUGGCCCGAGGGUUGGAUUUAUCUAUGAGUUAGGUUCAGUUCAAACACUACAGUACAUUUUGCCUUUUAUGUGAUGCUUUAGUCACUGCUUCACUUGCGUUUACUCACUGUACUCCUGAUUCAAGCCCACUGUCUGCCUGUAACAAUGUGAACGUAUUUACCACAGCAAUGGAACAGGGCACUUCUAGUUUCUUUGUUAUAUUGGAAAAGUCUUAAUGCACUGAGCACAUUUUAUUUUCUAUUCCCUUUGGUUACUUUACUUGUCUUUUUGUACUUAAACCCUGCUGAAGGAAGAGUUUUAUCUUAUGAACUAUAAAUGAAGAGGCAUUGUCGAGUUUUUAACCUAUCAUGUCUAAUUGUGUGACUCACUUUUUAUGACUGUGCUUUAUGCACAUGCCUUUUUGGAAGGAAAGUACAUAAAAUAUGCUUAAAGAACUACAUACAAUCAGUCAUACAUUGUAUCUUAUGUUACUCCAUUCAUGUUUGAUCAUAUUUAAGGAUUUGCCAUGUACAUACGUGGAGGAUAAUAUGUAAAUAUAUGAUGAUGUAAGGCAUUUAACAGUUGUUGCAUUCCUCCAAAAUGGCAAGAAACCUUGUAUGUAUGCUGUUAUGUGUGCAGGAAGAUCACCAUGGUUUUGAAUGUAACAUGCAUCGAUUAAAACUAUUAUUGAAAUUUUA